AUGGGGCCGACGUGGCCGCGGCAGUAUCGGAGAGGAGCCAGGGCCGACGUGGGCACGGCGGCAGUCUGCGGCACCGCCGCCUGUGGGGAGAGGGCGGGCGAGCUCCUGCUUUCAGAGGGCGCGGGCCAGGGCGUGGAAGCAGCGGCGGAGAGCGGCGUCCUCCGCCGCGGGGGGCGCCAGUCCCAGGGCGGCUGGAGGGAGUAUCCUUAUGGCGGCUGCCACUCGGUGGUGUCAGGGCCCGCCAACUUUCUGCACGAGAUGGCCGGGCUGGCUGCCCACAGAUCGGUCACGCCGCCGCCGACCUCGAACAUGUCGCCCUCGUCAAGCUUGCAGGCGCUGGGCCUGGCCGCCGGCCGCGCAGACGCGUGA